GAAAGGAGCUGUGUUGGCAACGACAGGGAACACUGAAGGAUAUGUGCCAUUAUUCUUUUAAAAAUUAGUUUACUAAAGAGCCAAUAUACAGGGCAGGUCAUCUUCUGAGAUAAGUCCUUAUGGUGUGCUGUGCUGGGUUCCGUGUUGAGGUUUACUUUGCCCACUUUCUGAUGAUGACAUCUAUCCAGCAGAAGCCGUCGCUGAACAAAUGUUAAUCUGAUGGAGAAACAGUAGGAAGAACUCAAUACCAUUAUUUUCUGGUAGUGGAAUUUAUGCCAACUGCGGCUGUUGCUUUUUCUUCUUUUUUUUCUAACUGCACACUUCUGUGACUGUAAGCUAUGAAGUGUCUUGAGCAACUGUGUUGAGCUCAUUAACCUCAUUAGUGGGCAGCUGCUAGCUGUCACAUGGAGCUUUCACCACAUGAAUGGAUGGACCAAUUUGUGAUGAACACAGAAGCUCCAGUAAAAAAAGGCUGAGGGUAGUCACAGACUGAUCGAAUACAGAUUUGUUGGCUGGAGUCCGUACCCCUCCACGGGGGUGAAGAGGAGGCAACAUGGGGUCAGGAAGACAGGUCCGACUCUUGCUAUGGAAGAACUGGACCAUCCGCCGGAGGCAGAGGAAAGCUGCAGUCUCAUCUUUGUCAAUCUGAGAGAUACUACACGUUUCUUCAUUGAGAUCAUGUGGCCUGUUAUGCUGUUCAUGGGACUGGUGUGGCUAAGAAGAGUAAAUCCACUGUACCAACAGCAUGAAUGUCACUUCCCCAACAAGGCUAUGCCCUCAGCUGGUGUCCUCCCAUGGAUACAGGGAAUAUUCUGUAAUGCCAACAACCCUUGUUUUCAAUACCCCACCCGUGGUGAAUCUCCUGGCUUGGUAUCCAACUACAACAACUCCAUACUAGCACGACUCUAUGUGGAUGCAGAGGAACUUCUUCUCAGUGACCCGGAGUUUCUCCAGGUCGGUCGCCUCUGGAGGGAAAUGAAUGCCAUGAGCAACUUUAUGGACACACUGCGCACUCAUCCUGAAAAGGUCUCAGGACGAGGAGUGAAGGUGGAGACUAUCCUGAAGGAUGAUGAGACUCUGACGUCAUUCCUGCUGAGAGACAUUCCUCUGACAGAGUCGGUGGUUUAUCAUCUAGUGAAUGCCCAAAUCAGGCCUGAACAGUUCGCCUUUGGGGUCCCAGAGUUGCAUUUGAAAGACAUCGCCUGCAGCCUGAACCUGCUGGAGCGAUUCCUAAUUUUUCCCAGUCGCAGAGGACUGUACGCUGUCCGCAAUGCCAUGUGUAUCCUGACCCCACAGCGGCUGCAGAUCAUCGAGGACAGAUUUUACGCCAAUGUUGACUUUUUCAAACUCUUUAAGCUGCUUCCUCGUGUUUUGGAUAAUUACUCUGAUGGGAUUGACAUUCACUUCUGGGUCCGGGUUGUUUCCGCCACUUCGGACAAACUGGCAGAGUUCUUCCAUCGGAGCAGCUCCAGGGAGUUCCUCCAGGUUGUGAGUCCUCUGUUCCAAAACAAUCUGUCCUUCAGACAGGUUAUGGCUGCUGCCUCCAGUUUAGUAUGUGGCUACACCGAGGGGGCCUUCUCCCGAGUCACCUCCUUUAAUUGGUAUGAGGACAAUAACUACAAAGUCUUCCUGGGUAUUGGCAGUGGCAGGGUUAAAGGCGACUACACAUAUGACAACAGCACCACUCCUUUCUGCAAUGAUCUGAUGAGUGAACUGGAGUCCAACCCAACCACUAGAAUUGUGUGGAACUCUGUUAAACCAAUGCUAAUGGGGCGGAUCCUCUACGCUCCAGACUCACCUGCUGUCAGGAAGAUUAUACGAAAUGCAAACACUACAUUUGAGGAGCUGGAGAGGCUGAGGACAAUGGGGAAGGCCUGGGAAGAGGUAGCUCCUCAAAUCUGGGACUUUUUCCAAGAUGGAGUCCAAGUCAAGAUGAUCCGGGACACUAUUCAGAAUCCAUCUGUUAUGGAUUUCAUUGACAGGCGUCUGGAAGAUGUGUCAUUCUCCUCUAAACACAUCCUCAACUUCCUGCACAAUGGCCCACCAGAUGAACGUCCAUACAAUACUCCAAAUUUUGAUUGGCGAAACAUAUUCAACCUCACUGACAGGGUCAUUCGGAUGCUCAAUCAAUAUGGAGAUUGUUUGAUCCUUGAUAAAUUUGUGCCUCUUCCUGAUGAGGAUGAUGUCACUUAUCGGGCCUUGGACUUGUUGAAGGAUGGCAAGUUCUGGGCCGGUCUCAUCUUUGUGAACAUGCACUCUUGGACAACCAGUGUCCCAGCUCAUGUCAAGUUCAAAAUCCGUAUGGAUAUCGAUGCCGUGGAGCGCACCAAUAAAGUCAAAGACAGGUACUGGGAUCCGGGCCCAAGAGCUGAUCCUAUGGAUGACCUCCGUUAUGUUUGGGGUGGCUUUGCUUACCUUCAGGACAUCAUAGAACAUGCGAUCAUCAAGACUCAUACAGGGAAGGAGAGGCCUCUGGGGGUUUACCUACAACAGAUGCCUUACCCGUGUUAUGUGGAUGAUCUCUUCAUGCUGACACUGAACCGCUGUUUUCCCAUCUUCAUGGUUUUGGCCUGGAUUUACUCCGUGUCCAUGAUAGUGAAGAGUAUUGUUCUUGAGAAGGAACUCCGCUUGAAGGAGACCCUGAAAGCCAAGGGAGUGACCAAUGGGGUAAUUUGGUCCACAUGGUUUAUUGACAGUUUUAUCAUGAUGGGCACCAGCACAGCUCUCCUUACUACAAUCAUCAUGGGAGGAAGAGUAUUGAACUACAGCAACCCCAUCAUCCUUUUUCUCUUUCUGCUCUCCUUCACAACGGCUACCAUCAUGCAGUGCUUCCUCAUGAGCAUCUUUUUCAACCAGGCCAACCUAGCAGCUGCCUGCUGUGGUAUUGUUUACUUCAGCCUUUACCUUCCUCACAUCUUCUGCUUCGCCUGGCAGGACAGCAUCACCAAAGAUAUGAAGAUCCUGGUGAGCUUGCUGUCGCAGGUGGCGUUUGGCUUUGGCACAGAGUAUCUAUCACGGUAUGAAGAGCAGGGUAUGGGCCUGCAGUGGGACAACAUCCAGACCAGCCCUCUGGAGGGAGAUGAGUUCUCCUUCCUCACCUCAAUUUUUAUGAUGGGUUUGGACACGGUGCUCUAUGCUGUUAUGGCAUGGUACCUGGACAAUGUUUUUCCAGGACAAUAUGGGAUUGGCCGUCCAUUGUAUUUCCCAUUGCAGCCCUGUUAUUGGUUCAACACUGUUGCUCCAGCUUCAGGAAAAUUGGAGCUGGAUAAAAAAGGCUUUGAUAACCUGGCAAACAAGGAGCAAGGAGAGCAACAGAAAAAAGCAGAGGAGGAGGAAAACGCUGAUCAGAAGCAAGCCGAUGUGAAGAAGGAUGUCCCUUCUUGUGAGCACCAGGAUCGGCGUGACUUACUGGGCAAGGAAAACCAGACUGAACAUGAAAUGGACAAAGAGAAAGAAGAACAGUCAUUCUUUGAGGCAGAGGCAACAGAUCUGGUGAAAGGGGUCUCUAUCCAGAAUCUGGUAAAGGUGUUUGGCAGCUGCUCCACACCAGCAGUCGAUGGGCUCAGCAUCAACUUCUAUGAGAGCCAGAUUACCGCUUUACUGGGUCACAAUGGAGCUGGGAAGACCACCAUCAUGUCUAUUUUGACAGGCAUGUUCCCACCCACACUGGGUACGGCCAGUAUUUACGGAAAAGACAUCCGCACGGACAUGGACAGCAUCCGUAUGUCUUUGGGGAUGUGCCCUCAACACAACAUACUUUUUCAGCAUAUGACUGUAGCAGAGCACAUUCUCUUCUAUUCGCUGCUGAAAGGUCGUCCAAUAGCUGAAGCAGAGGAGGAGGUGGAGAACAUGCUGGAGGAUCUGGGUCUUCCCCACAAAAGAGAUGAGCUGACCCAGAAUCUCUCAGGUGGGAUGCAGAGGAAGUUGUCAGUUGCCCUGGCAUUUGUUGGUGGGGCCAAGGUUGUGGUCCUUGAUGAACCCACCUCUGGGGUGGACCCAUAUUCUAGACGGUCAAUUUGGGACUUUCUGCUGAAAUACCGUGCAGGGCGUACAGUGAUCAUGUCCACCCAUCACAUGGACGAGGCUGACCUGCUUAGUGACAGGGUGGCCAUCAUCUCCCAAGGUCGCCUCUACUGCUGCGGUUCACCCAUUUUCUUGAAGAACUGCUUUGGUGCUGGAUUCUACCUCACUCUUCAGGCCAGCUGUGACUGCACACAGGAUUGUUCCUGCAAAUGCUCAAAAUGCUUAAACUUCAAAGCAAACCAGGAAGAGAGCCAAGCCCCAGGCAGACAGAUGGAUGGUAAUUUGGAGAGCAUCUCUGCACUGGUCCAUCAUCAUGUACCGCAGGCCCGUCUCAUUGAGGCCAUCGGCCAGGAGCUCACAUUUCUCCUGCCGAACCGGAACUUCAAGCCCAGGGCCUAUGCUAGCCUUUUCAGGGAGCUGGAGGAAACCCUUUUGGACAUUGGCCUCAGCAGCUUUGGUGUGUCUGAUACAUCACUGGAGGAGAUCUUUCUUAAGGUCACUGCUGAUGGAAAUGCGGCCAACAAGAAAUGUAUUCAAGAAUCCAAUGGACAGGGCCCAUGUGAUUGCUCAGAGGGCGGUGAAGGCAGGGGAUCCUACCAGGUCAGAGGCAUCUAUCUGACCAUCAAACAGUUCUUUGCUCUUAUGAUCAAGAGGUUGCAUCACGCCACACGUUCCUACAAGGACUUCAUUGCCCAGAUUGUUCUGCCUGCCAGCUUUGUCUUCCUGGCACUGAUGUUAACACUCAUUGUCCCACCUUUUGGAGAGUAUCCACGUCUCCCACUCAGCCCCUGGAUGUAUGGGCGACAAUAUACCUUCUUCAGCAAUGAGCGUCCAGUGGAUGCUCAGAUGAGAUACUUUGGUGAGGUUCUGCUGGACAAGCCUGGCUUUGGGACUCGCUGCAUGCUGGAUGAGCCCCUGGAAGAUUUCCCAUGUAACAACAUCACCACUGAGUGGGAGAUGCCCUUGGUUAACCCUGCCCUGAUAGAAAUGCUGGAGAGCCCACAAUGGGACUCCCUCAGACCAUCCCCAGAAUGUCAGUGCAGCACAACCAAAAAGCUAACCAUGCUCCCUGUUUGCCCUGAAGGAGCUGGAGGCUUGCCACCCCCGCAGAGGAUCCAGUCAACAGGCGAUGUCCUGAUGGACCUAACUCGUAGGAACAUCUCCGACUACCUGGUGAAGACCUAUCCCAAACUUAUCAGAACCAGCUUGAAAAGCAAAUACUGGGUGAAUGAACAAAGGUAUGGUGGCAUAUCAGUUGGAGGACAGCUUCCAGUUUUAGCUGUACAGCCAAAAACAAUUCAGGAUGUAGCUUCUCAGCUGGGACGAUUACUCAAUGUUACAGGGGGUAAAUACUCCAAACAAACACAGAAUGAUGUAGGUACAUUCCUCAAGUUCAUGGAGACUCAAAACAAUGUCAAGGUCUGGUACAACAAUAAGGGCUGGCAUGCAAUGGUAUCUUUUAUGAAUGUAGCCAACAACGCCAUCCUUCGGGCAAAUCUGCCCAAAGGAACAAACCUGGAUGAAUAUGGAAUCACUGCCAUCAACCAUCCUCUCAACCUCACCAAAGAACAGCUCUCUGAAAUCACUGUUCUGACCACAUCAGUGGAUGUAGUUGUGGCUAUUUGUGUGAUUUUUGCCAUGUCCUUCGUCCCCGCCAGCUUUGUCCUCUACCUCAUCCAGGAGCGGGUCACUCAGGCCAAACACCUGCAGUUUGUCAGUGGUGUCAGUCCACUGGUGUACUGGACAGCCAACUUUUUGUGGGACCUGGUAAAUUAUUCCAUCAGUGCUGCUAUGGUGGUGGAAAUUUUCAUCAUUUUUGAUAAGAAGUGCUAUACCUCUCCCACCAACCUACAACCACUUAUUGCCCUGCUUAUGCUGUAUGGCUGGUCUGUAACACCCAUGAUGUAUCCCAUGUCCUACGUAUUCAGUGUCCCCAGCACAGCCUAUGUCUCUCUGUCGUGUAUCAAUCUUUUCAUCGGCAUCAACAGCAGUGCCAUAACCUUCAUCCUGGACCUCUUUGAAGGAACCACAGCUCUGUACAGGUUUAACCAGAUGUUAAAGAUGAUGCUGCUCAUCUUUCCUCAUUACUGCUUGGGCAGAGGUCUCAUAGACAUGGCGAUGAACCAGGCUGUGAUGGAUAUUUAUGAUCGUUUUGGUGAGGAUUACAGUACAGACCCCUAUAACUGGGACUUCCUUGGGAAGAACUUGUUCUGCAUGGCUAUUGAGGGAUUAGUUUAUUUCAUCCUCAACAUUCUCUUCCAGUAUCGCUUCUUCCUUCACCACUGGCAAGUGAUUCCGGAAUCUCCCAAGCCUCACAUGUUUGAUGAAGAUUUUGAUGUAGCUGAGGAACGAAAGCGAAUUCACCAGAGUGGAAAAACAAACGAUAUUUUGCGCAUAAAGAACCUGUCCAAGACCUACACUGGAACGAUUAUCCCUGCAGUGGACAGAAUCUGUGUUGGAGUGUCACCGGGAGAAUGCUUUGGCCUCCUGGGGGUAAAUGGAGCAGGAAAGACCACAACUUUUAAGAUGCUGACCGGGGAUAUAGAUGUGACAUCAGGGGAAGCCACAGUAGCUGGUUACAGCAUUUUGACGAACAUCCUCGAUGUGCAUCAGAACAUGGGUUACUGCCCCCAGUUUGAUGCCAUAGAUGAACUGCUAACAGGGAGAGAGCAUCUACACCUUUACGCUCGCCUCCGUGGGGUUCCAGAGUCUGAGAUCAGUAAGGUAUCAGAGUGGGCCAUCCAGAAGCUGGGUCUGUCAGAGUAUGCUGGGCGAAGCGCUGGAACCUACAGUGGUGGUAACAGGAGGAAACUGUCCACUGCCAUUGCAAUGAUAGGCUGUCCUGCUCUGGUGCUGCUGGAUGAGCCAACUACAGGCAUGGACCCUCUCUCCAGACGCUUCUUAUGGAACUCAAUCAUGAGUGUUAUUCAGGACAAACGAGCUGUGGUCCUCACCUCUCACAGUAUGGAAGAAUGUGAGGCACUGUGUACUCGCCUAGCCAUUAUGGUCAAUGGAUCCUUCAAGUGUCUGGGAACUAUUCAGCAUCUCAAAUACAAGUUUGGUGAUGGCUAUGUGGUAACCAUGAAGAUUAGGGCAGCGAAGCCUGGCUGUGCUCCAGACCUAAAUCCCGCUGAAGCCUUCAUGGAGAGCACUUUCCCAGGCUGCAUUCAAAGAGAGAAACACUACAACACUCUGCAGUACAAGAUCUCCUCCUCCUCUCUGGCAAGGAUAUUUCAAAUGGUCCUGGCUAACAAGGACAAACUUAACAUAGAGGACUACUCUGUGUCACAGACCACUCUCGACCAGGUGUUUGUGAAUUUUGCCAAGCAGCAGUCCAGAGAGGAUGAUGCCAUAGUAUUGCAUCCAAAAGCUGCUGGAGCACAGUGUUAUACUGGUACCACACCCAUCAAGUCUUUAAGGAAGUGAGGUAAAAAAGCUGAGCCUGACGGCAGUUGUUGGUUCUCAUUCUGAUGGCCUAUUAAUUUGUCUGCACAUUGGAGGACUACUUUAAGAAGAAUAGAGCAACCUUUUUAUAUAAAAAGUAAUCCAUCACAAUUCAUCCAGAGACUGCAUCAUCCAUGCAAUCGAGUGAUUUAAGUUGGUGCAAAAAAUGCUUAGAUUUUUUAUCCACAUUUUAAGGAAGGGCAUUUGGUCAGCUGCAUGUGUUGUAUAUAUGGUAAUGUAAGCAGAAGCAGUUAUUCGGUUUGAUUUGACGUGUAGUAACACUGCAAAUGUUCAGCAUUUAUGUUCCACCUUCUGUUCACCUUGUAGGCCUUGUAAAAAAGAAGAAGAAAAGAUUUAGAAAUAUAAAAAUUACCAUGAUUUGUGUUCAUGGAAAUUAAAAAAAAAAAAGUUUAAGUAUCAGGUUGUAAAAAGACAUAGCUCUUUUUUUUUUUUUUGCUUCAGAUGCCAAGCAAGGUUUUGCCUUUUUGAACAUGUCAAAACACCCAGAGGAACAUAGGUUAAGCACUUUAUUGAUCACAAGCAUUACACUUUUUACCAACAUUUUUGGCGACAUGCUAGUGUAAUACUGCUGAUAAUCAUUACAAAACCCCUCUGCAGCUGUAAAAGGUUUUUCAUAACGAUGUUAUAUUUUGAUUUGCACGUGUUUUGCACUUUAUCGUACAAAUAACUGGCAAUUUUUCUGCAUUCCAACAACACCUGAUGUUAUUACAAGAAGACAAAAAAAGUAAUGUUUAUAUGAGAAGCAUGAAAUAAAGUUAAAGUUUUCUUUAAGAUGUGCACCUUUAUUCGGGAUGUAAUGGCUUACAUAAACAUUACCACAAAAAAAUUCAACAACUGAGGGUAAAUUUAACAAAACGUAAUAUUAGACAAACACAGAAACACAGAUGUUAUCACCGUCUCCUCGGGAAGGCAUCUACACAAUAAUGUCGGAGGUUACAGCAUAAUUUUAACUCUAAUGGUGGUAAAAGCUUCAAGCUUGGAUGAAUACAUUUUUACUAUAUCUGCAUUCCUCCCAAGAGCAUGAAUGGGAUGUACUUGAAAUAUGUUUGUUUGCAUUAAUAGACACUUUAUCAUGAGGAAAAGAAAGUUUUGUUUUCACUGAAUUACUUCUGCACUGAAUAAUUCUCCUAUCGCUUUAUAUGAAAACUGGUCAACUCGUUAGCCAACCUGCAAUAGGAAGUUCAAACUGUUUUGAAUUUGGCUUCUGAACAUCUCGACCCUCAAGCAAUUCUGAAGGAGUUAAAUUUAAAAAUGCAAAUAUUAGCAAAGUCCAGAUAGUACCUCUCAAGACCUAUCUAAGUGCUUAAGUCAUACGAAUAAAAUACAUAGGAUAAAAAUUAAACACAAACUUGAAAUCUAAAAGGGUUAAAGGUUCCCUGCUAUUUUUAAAGCUGCAUAUAUAGUACAUUGGCACAUUAUUGAUUCUAUUCCUGUCAAAGAAUCAGGGGGAUAAUGGC